UUCAAAAUGGCCUCUGUUGACAAAUGGCGCACAUGUUUAAACGAGAAAAGUUUUUGCAAGUUUAUCCGUGAAAACAAUGCCAAUGAGUCCAACAGAAAGGCGAAGACUGAAGCCAAAUGUCUCAUUGCAGUUAACGACUAUGAUUUAUUUAUAUGGGAUAACGCGUCAUGCCAUCUUAUAUAUUUUAAGUUGCAGAACAUUGACGAUUGUGCUGAAAAGAGAAACCGAAACCAGAUUUUGCUGUGUACAGACCCACCCAGGUUUGAUGUGGACUGUCUAGUGUGGAACCUGGCGCGGACUCACCUGGCCCUCUGGGGUCAGCUAGGGGUCACAGUGCUAGAGUUGCCACAGAAAUGGGGCAAGUAUGCUGAGUUCCAUGGAGGCAAGGACACUGUGACCUGCAAGUGUGUGAGUGUUGGGGAACACUACUUCUCCAUCCAUGCAGGUGUGAGGCUGUUGCAUGUAGCAUGGCACCCAGGCAGCACUGGAGAUACACAUAUAGUCUUCCUCACUUCAGACAACAUCAUAAAUGUGUAUGACAUCCUCGAUCCUGAGCGCCCCACCCAGACCCUGUACCUUGGGGACGGUGAGCCAUCAAUCAUCCUCUCACAGACCCGCCCCUCCACAAGCUGCGCCCUUGGUGAUAAUGUCGUCUGCUUUGACUUUGGUCCUCCCGUUGAGGUGUUUAAGAAUGCAGGGUCAAUGAAGGGGUCCAAGGGGUCAGCAGGUCUCACUGUGUGGCCCCUGUACUGUGUACGUGGAAAUGGGGACGUGAUUGUUGCUUAUUCAGAUCUGGCAGCAAGGCCUACCAGACUGGCUAUCCAGGGCCCGUUGCUGAUGUUCCCCCCUGCAGAUGACAACUAUGGCACUGAUGCCUGCUCCAUCUUAUGCCUACAGACCACCCCAACUGUGGUUGCUAUGGCAACAUGCGAUGGUAAACUGUACCACUGUGUGCUGCUGCCCAGAGACUUGGAAGAAACAACUUUGCAGUCCCAGAGUUCCCAGGGCGGCCCCAUGGAGGAGGCCUGUCUGUACUGCCCACCUGAGGAGCUGCUGCUGUACGUGAAUGAGACUGUGGAACUGGAGCUCUCUCUCAGCAUGCCCCAGUUUACAGACAACCCCGCACCAGAGGACAUGUUCACCUGCCCUCUCAGGCUUAUCAAGGACACAUCGUCCCCCGACCGCUACCACUGCACACAUGCUGCUGGGGUGCAUACGGUGGCCUUACCCUGGGUAAACCACCUGACAGACUACUGUACGACAGAGGAGGAUGAGGAUGUACCGCCGGCCCAUCAGCAGUCGGUUGUAGAGCAUCUUAUUUGUACCAGACCGCUGCCAAACAGCCCGCCAUCCCCUGUUCUAGGCCUGGCCCAAGUGAAGGACACAAGUAUCGGUACCAUAUUGCUCACUCUCACCAGCGACCUUGAGUUCCAGUGUCUACGACUCAGCAAUGUGCGCUACUCAAGUGGAGAGAAGACUACUCUGUCCUCGGCCACACACAGUCGCACCAUUCCCUCCCCUCUACGCCGGAUCUCCAAGGAGCCAUUUGACGAGGUGAUCAGGCGUCUCUUACAGCGCAAUACCUCCAAUCCUCUCAUCAAGUCUAGGUCAAGUACAGAGCUGAGCCAACAGGAGUGUUACCAGCUGCUGACCAGAGCUACCCAGGUGUUCAGUGAAGAGUACAUACAGAAACAAGAGCUGGCACGGCACGAGAUCAACAGAAGGGCUGCCAUACUGCGUGAGCACAAGGAUCAGCAGCUGGGAGACCUGUCUGUUCUGCUGCAGUCUCGAGACUCACUCUCAGAGAAUGCUGAGCGCUUGGCGGGACUCUGUGAGGAGUGCAAGGAAACCCAAGAAGAUCUCAUGAAGAGGUUGGAGGGCGUGAUGCGAAAACUGCAGUCCAGAAUUCCUUUCCUAUCAGAGUCCGAACGUAACAUGAAGCGAGAACUGGAGAACAUUGAGGAACGACUGGAAACAUACCAGCGCAGUCUGGAACAGCUUAAGGUGAAGAGGAUGUACCAGCAGAGGCAAAUUCAGAACGGCUCCCAGUCCAACCGGCCCAGCCCUAUCAUCAAGAAGACCCAGGCAGCGCAGCUAAGAGAGGUCCUUAAACAGGAGGGUGAUGAAGUCGCUGAAUUAAUGAAGAAACUCAACCAGCUGCGAGUGGAUGCGAGUGUUUGAUGCUGGGUGCCAUGCUAGGUGGGAUCCAUGUACUCAGUCAAGAUGCCUUUGACAAGAUGCACAAGUGCUGAUCAUCACAAGGCCCUGGUUCCUUAGCUGUGUAUGGCAAACUGACUGAAAUCACGGUGUCAUUUAAGUGGAGAAUGAUUUAAAGCAAAGGACCAAGGAUUCAACUUCAUAUAAGCUCUAAUCAAAUGUUGUUGUUUUUUGUUUUGACUUGUGGCUGAUAAACAUUUAUAAGCUUUGAAAAACCAAGUCCAUGAAACAUUUACAAGCUUUUAACUUCCAAGUCCAUGUUGUUUUUUACACAUUCUUAUAGACACUAUAAUAGUGCUAUUGUAUUGAUGUCUACAUCAAACUAAAAAUGCUUCAGUGGUUUGAUCAUUUGAAUACUGAAUUAUGUCACCUUUGGAACUAAAAGAUGUUUAUACUGCAGAAACUGUCUUUAAAAAUGUAUUUUACAUGGCACAGAAAGCAAUCUUGUUAUGUAAUGAUAUUAUGUAGGGGGGGGGGGGAUUUCAUAUUUAUAAUAAUAAACAAAAUAUCAGUAAAGGUUAUGCAAAUGUUUCUAUGAUUAUAAACUAUCAUAUUUCCUUGAUUGUGUUUCAAAUGUCUUUGAAUGCGUACAUAUGGUUAUUCUGAUUGUCAAAAACAUCUUUGUUAUAAAUUUAAUUAAUAUUGUGGGUUAUGUGAAUGGAAGAAAAAAAAUACCAAAA